AUGUCCGUCACGCUUCACACGUCGCUGGGCGACAUCAAGAUUGAAGUCUUUUGCGAGAGCGUCCCCAAGACAGCAGAGAACUUCCUGGCUCUCUGCGCCUCCGGCUACUACGACCAGUCGCCCUUCCACCGCCUGAUCCCCAAAUUCAUGGUGCAAACAGGAGCGCCCGCCAACCCAACCGCCGAAAACCCAAAGGGCGGCCAGUCGAUCUGGGGCGGGCCCUUUGAAGACGAGAUCCGACCCGCGCUAAGACACAGCGGCAGAGGCUUCGUUUCCAUGGCCAAUAAAGGACCCGGCACCAAUGGCUCGCAGUUCUUCAUCACGUUUGACAAGGCGCCUCAUCUUGAUGGCUUGAAUACUGUCUUUGGGAAGGUGAUUGGUGACGAGGGGAUGGUGACGUUGGCGAAGAUGGAGGCUGUUGAGGUGGAUAAGAAGAGUCGCCCGAAUGAGCCGUUUCGAAUUGAAAAGGUGACGAUACAUGCGAAUCCUCUGGCUGAAUAG